AUGACACAAGCAGCACCUCCAACCUCAGCAUGUCAUCAUGUUGCCUGCGGCCUCAAAAAGGGAUAUGACAUCAUUGGGUCUCAAAGGGAAGGGAGACGAGCUCCUGCUACCUCCUGGAACAUUCAAAAGGCCUUACUCCCCUUGCCCCAAGAUGAACGACUUCCCCUUGACGGUGAAUCUCCUGGUGGCACAAUCCAUCAGCGAACGAACUGGAAUACCAUGCCCCACACGCCCAUGGUUCGGCGAUUUUCCACGAGGCCACCUCGUACGACUGGACAUAAUGAGGUCAUUGCCACGGCAAUUGCAGGGGGUGUUCUCGUCUAUACGAGAGGGAAGUCAAGCUGGACGGACAGUGGGGAGGACCUUCACGAGAACUGUGCGUAUCUGGGUAUCCGUCAGUGGAGAAAUCUAGGCCUGCAGCUUUGCCGAAGUCACCAUCGCAAAACGAAACGCUGCCUAUGA